GUAUCAUAUUUGGUCACAUUAAGUAUAUUUAUUUUCCCAGCUUGACGGUGCAGCCGAUUAAAUCGCUCUGAAUAAUAUUAUCGUUUAUCGCGAUAACUUCUGGGGCAGUUUAUCGUGCAGCCGCAUUUGUUAGCGCCAGGCCCGCAGCUGGAGGCGCCCACUGCGGCUGCUGGCGCCUCGCAGCGACUUGAAUGCUGAUGAUCGUGGAGAUCAACAAAGGAGACAAGGAGAGAGGAGAUGAAACGCUUCCUGAGCGCGGAGGAGAAUGGAGAGCCGCUGACAGACUGCAGGGAGCUGUCACACAACCUCACCGCCUCCUCCUCUUCCUCCUCUUCCUCCUCCUCCUCCUCCUCAGCCCACAGACACGCGGCCCUGUCCUCGCUCCAGACCCGGGGACCAGGCGGCGGGUCGGAGCCGAGGAGAUCCGCGCUGAAACGCAGCCGAGGCGGCCAGGAAGGACGAGCGGAGCCGGAGGAGGCGGCGGAUCAUCCAGCGGCUCCGGGGUUCGUCGUUCAGCGGCGGCCGCAGCCUCAAGGACGCGGCGUCGGAGGAGCGGAAGGUGUGGAGAUGAUUUCAGCGGCCGGCAGGGAUGCGGACGGGAACAAUAACAGCAGCAGCAGCAGCAGCAUCUCUGAGCCUCCUGCAGGCAAAGCCAAGGAGGAGCGGAAGGGGAAGAACCUGAUCCGGGGCUGGAAGAGGGACCGGGACGCCGCCGCUCCUCCCGCCCGGAUCAGGAAGGAGAAGCCCGGCGACGAUGGCACGUCUCCUCCGCCUUCCGUCUUCCUGCCGGAGCAUCACCUGGGACCCGGAACCGACUCCCGCAUCCCCGCGGGAGACGGCAGCACCAUCAGCGGAGGCUGCGGGAAAACAGCCGCGGACUGUGGAGGAAAGAGCGGCGGAGGAGCUAUUGUUGUCCGGCGGCUGCACGACGAGCCUCCGGCGGCCAAGAAGCACCGAGGAGCCGAGAAGAUGGACCCCAUGUUCACAGUCCCAGCGCCCCCGGCUCCAGGCCACCCCGUGGCCCCCGGAUCCUCCCUGCCCUCGGUCCCCUCGUUCUCCUCUCCGGCCCUGCCCACUUCCAACCCCAAGCCGCUAACGGUCCGGACGCGGUCCGUCGGCACCAACACGCAGGACGGAGGCGCUCCGGGCCCGGCGGACGGGGACCCGGCCUUCUUGGGGCCCUGUCAGCCCGGAACCAGCGUCAACCUGGAGGGGAUCGUCUGGCACGAGACGGAGGAAGGUGUGCUGGUGGUGAACGUUACCUGGAGGAAGAGAACCUACGUGGGAACUCUGCUGGACUGCACCAAACACGACUGGGCUCCUCCAAGGUUUUGUGAGUCUCCUUGCAGUGAUCCAGAAUUCCCCGGCGGCCGCGGACGAGGGAAAAGGAUGAGAAUGGCCAUGUCUGAGCGGCCCUGCAUUGAGCCGUCCCAUGGCUCUAAAGUCAGAGGUCUUCCACACCACCGGAGCCGAGGAGGCGGCGUAGCAGGAUCCAUCCACAGCAAAGGACGGAGGGGCAGCCUGAACCUCAUCAACAGCAAUGGCAGAGCACCUCCUUCCUUCUUCACGGUCGAUGACGUUAAAGCCACCAACGUAACUUCCUCUAUCCCUGCCGGGAAGCGAAAGAACAAACCACCAGCCGACUUGGACCUUAGUCUCGUUUCCUCGGACGACAUUAAAAACGGGAAUGGGAAGAGGAUCCGAGCGAAAUCCCGGAGUGCCCCUUCGACGCCUUUGGGCAAAUCGGACCCAUCUUUCAUGGAUCCAGGAGGAGGCUGUGCUUCCUCUCCUCCCCCUCCCAUUCUCAUCGACUGCCCACAUCCAAACUGCACUAAACGCUACAAGCACAUCAACGGCCUGCGCUACCACCAGACACACGCACACCUGGAGGCAGAGGAGCAGAGGAAGCCAGAGCUGGGUCCCUCAAAGGAUGGGGACAGUGAGGAUCGACUAUCAGACUGUGAGGACAACAUUAGCAACUUGUCGUAUGAGCCCCCAGACAACAGCACAAUCACUCACAGCUCCUCCAAGAAACCCACUCCUCUCUACAAGGUGACUACGGUGGGGUCACCUAAGAACAGACGGUUACUCCUCAGCACGGACCACAGUCCUUCCGCCAACUCCAAAACCAGAAGAACCUCACUCCUGAAAGACGGUCUGAUUGAUGACCUCAGCAAUCUGCCUAUCAUUUCCAACAUGACUGUGGUUUUGGAGAACUGCAUGAUCCCAGACAGAAGCACGUCUGUAGAGAUGCCGAAACUGGAAGCAGAAGGACUGAUUGAUAAAAAGGGAGGAGCGUCUGAUAAAGGUAAGAAAGCCAAUGGGAAGGUGGAAAAACUGUCCAAGUCCAGGACUAACCGUCCAAUCGCUCCAGCUCCAGCUCCGGCUCCACCGAAGCUGAUUGCCAUACCCAACACCACAUAUCCGACCAGCACAGCUGAUGUUGCACCCCCACAGCAGUCGUCCCCAGUGGCUGCCAUUGGCCUCCCUAGUAAAAACCUUUCCUUAAAACCCAUUAAACCAAAGCUUAGCAUCGUAGUGGAGCCAAACCUUGUCAAAGCCACAAUGGUCACUUGCAAAGAGACCAGGAAAAAGGAAAAACGGAAGAUAAAGGACAAACAUAGCAAAGAACCAGCAAACAGAACUCCCAAUGGUGACAGUACUGUGAUCAAAGUGGAAGACGUCGGAAUUGGACCUAAAGGUGCCAUUAAGGAAAUAUCCGGAAGUCUUCUGAAGGAGCACCUUAGCAAACAGGACGUAAUGAACGGACUCUCAGAGAGCCAGGAGAGCAGGAUGGCCAGCAUACGUGCAGAGGCUGAUAAAGUCUACACUUUCACAGACAAUGCCCCCAGUCCGUCUAUCGGUGGUUCGUCGAGACUCGACUCAAGUCUCGUAGCAGACGGAGGCAGUAAGAACGACAGCCCUGCCUACUCCGAUAUCUCAGAUGCCGGGGAUGAUGGAGGGUCUUCUGAGUGUCGCUCAGAUGGACUCAGGUCCAAGUCCAGCUCCUCGUCUUCCUCUGAGGUGAGCUCCAAUAGCAACUAUGCUAACUCUAGUAAAACCCCUCCCACCGCUUUGAAGGAGCCCCAGUCCCCAUACUACCAUGGCUACGAUCCCUACUACCUGCAAGGAUACAUGCAGCCAGACAGGCACAGCAGCGGAGCUGUUGCUUUCCAUAAAAACUCUCCUCACGACAGCAAAGGGAAAGAUAGGAAAGAGGACAUUAAAGACGACGACAAAAAUUCCUCCCACGACUUCUCCGAUUCUAAGAAAGGUGACGGGCCUCCUCAGUCUCAGCUCCAGCUGGCGAUGAGUCAGACCCAGACGGCUUUGGCCCAGUCCCUGUACUACGGCCAGUACUCCAGAGGUCUGUACAUGGACCAGAAACUUUUACUGGCUUCCAAAUGCUGUGACCAGACCCUCACUGCCAAGCAAAGAGGACAAGGGUUGAGGGACACUGAUGAUGUUAAACAUAUGGUUGGGGCCAGUGGGGCCUUGCUUGGUAAAGGCCCAGAUGGUGCUAAAGGUUGCUGUGGCAAACCGGUUCUUUCCUAUGUGGAGAUGAGUGAAAGGGGAGAAAGGGGGCAGAGUCUGGGCGUAAAGGUGGUGCACAGUGGCAUAGUGGACCAGCACCAGGUUUCAAUGAAAGACUGUGAUGACAUCAAGUCACCCUCCUCUUCCUCCUCUUCUUCAUCCCUCCACAAUCCAAACAGUCAGACAGAUCUGGACUCAAAUGUUUCGUUUUCCAGUUCCCCAGACGGCCCCGCCUGGGCGCACCGCCUCGCGCUCAGCAAAUAUUCAGAGCUUCAGAGUCAGCACGGGGAGAAUGUCGAGGAGGGGGAAGCGGGCAGUGGGAAGGAGUGGGGCACUACCGUGGAGCCUGCUGGGGCCAAGAUGACCUCAGGUGGCAUAGAUGCUAAAAAACCCAGAGCUCACGGGCUCCAGGACUUCCCGCCUGUCACUGACACGGAGGAUUCAGACCGACAGGAAGGGCUGGAGGACCAGGACCAGGACCCCUCUGGAGGGCUGUCAGAGGAGCCUCACAAUGCCAGGGCGGCAGUGUCUCCUCCCAUGACCCCCCAGCAGCCCUACAUCCAGUACCAGCACUCCUCCUACUCUCCCUACCUGGCGAUGUGUGAGGGCAGCGGGGGCUCCUACAGGGGAGUGUCCCCAACGCUGGUCCACAACUACCCAGGUUUCCACUAUCCUCUGUAUGGAAAGACGGCAGGCAGGGAGGAGUCAGAGGUCACUCCGCCCGGCAGAGGAGAGCCGGCCAACAGCAAGCUGAUCGGCGACUCUUCGUCCUCCUCCUCCUCUUCCUCCGUGGAGCUGCUGCAGCAGCCCAGCCAUCAUUUCCAUGGAAAAUCCCCAGCUCCUGGUGAGAAGGGUUCGCCUGAGGAAGACAGAGACAUCGAUCGGGAGAGGAGCCACUUAUCGUUUGCUCGACACCUCCACACACAUCAUCACACACACCUGGGCAUGAGCUACAGCCUGAUGUCCGGCCAGUUUGAUAUCUACCAAGGUCUGAGCUCCAGGUCGCUGGUCUCCAGUCAGCAGGUGUCGGGUCAUUCCUCAGCAGACAAUGAAGGGAAGAAGUAGAACCAUGUGACUGCGUCUCACAUGAGGGACGGCAGAUUUAUCAGACAUCAAUUCCUUGGUGUGGAAUAAGCUUCGCCUCGCUGAGAGGCAGGGAACAAACAAACACAGAAACCUCUUUCAUUUCGUACUGAUGACAUCCACCGGUUUUAUAACAGAGGAGCAGAUGAAGCGGCGGGGGACAGAUCGCAGGGAUGAGACUUUCUUUUUUUUCUGUUUUUAAAAAGCGGGACUUAUUGUAAAAAGCGAGAUGUCAUCGAAUUGAAAUGUUGUGUAUAAGAUGACAUCCUAGAGCCCUGUGCACUCAGCUUUACCUCUGCUGUUGUGUUUAACUUUAUAAAAUGCACAUUUAUUGUAGUGUAAUAUAAUGACGAUAUGACUGAAUGUAAAGGUAAUAACUCAAACUCACUGUUCUUUUUUUUUUAAGCCCCAUUGGGACAAAAACAGCAUUAGGAAGCUAAAAGUGUAUAAUAAUUGUUCUCAUUCUGAUUAUUGAAGUGAUCCUCCCUCCUUCAUAGUGCUGACGCUACAUUUGUAUAACUAACCUGUACUAGAGUGUAACCAUGUUGAUUGUAUUGUCUUUAUGUGGGAGUAAAACCUUCACUUCGACCUACCCAGUGCCAUUUACCAACCCCAGUGGUGUAAAUAUAUUCUGUACAGAUUUAUGGCAGAGCACUAACAUGCUCACUCUGUUGAUCACCAUGCAGGGGCAAAGCAGGCGCACCCAACAGGAAAUAGAACCACCAGCCUGUUUAUUUCCCUCAUCAGCUCAGUUUCUCUUCCAUAUUUUUUGUUUCAAGCAAAACCUCAUGUUUACACACAUUUAUUCACAAUUACGUUUAGAUGAAAAAGCAUUUAAUCUGAAAGAAAAAUCAAUUUUGUACUGAAUUAUCAAAACAUCAGAUAUCAAAUUUAGGUUGUUUUUUUAAAUUGUGCUUUGAUACAUUGUAGUCCAAAUUUAAGCUAACCUCAUGAAAGGUUUCAACUACUAGCCUGAGUGCUAGCUGUUCUUGCUAAUAUGUCAUGGAUGUAAUGAUUUUUGCUGAAAUAAAUAUGUUAGUUCAACAGGAAGCUAAAGGAACAACAUAUUUGUUGUAACCUAAAUUAAAACGACGUCAGCAAUAUUUUUAGGAGAUGUUGGGCUGGGUUGUUUCAAAAUCUAAAGGUCCCACUGGCACCUGUUAGCAUAGCUGGUAGCAUGUUAGCUGUGCGAUUUUUUUGGCUACAACAUAAAAAAUAUGUUUAAAUAAUAAUAGAAACUAUACAUUUUAUUCAUCAUAUUUAUUUAAAUGUUUGUUUUUCUGUUAGUGACACUGAACAAAACAAAGGGAGUAACUAGAUUUGGCUAGCUAUUAGCUUUCAAGCCAAAGGUGUAAGCUAACACCAUUACUUUAGACUCUUAUGUAUAUUUUCAGAGGAACAUUUAAAUUUUAUAGGAGGUCGACAGUUUGAUAUUUAGGUGUUUUCUGCAGCUAAAACUAACCAUGAAAGGAAAAUAUCAAUGGCUAAUUAAAGCUAGUUAUGCUACAUACAGUUUAUUAGGCAUAACAAUACAGAUUACCAGGUGCUAAUUAAGGUUACAUAUUAUUUCUCUUUGAUUUAAACACAACACCAUUAUUUCAACUAAAUAAAUAAAAAACUAACAUUUUGUGAUCAGUGUUUUAAGAAAUGUAAUGUUUUGUGAUAAAUGUUACAAAAAUAAUUACAUUUAAUUAAUUCAGUUAGAUUCAGUUUACACAGUGCCAAAUUCCAAUAAAUAUUGUCUUAUGGUACUUUAUAUAAAAACCAACAGGCGCAAUUCAAAUCUAAUUACUUUUAUCUCAGUUGCACUUUUGUUCAUGUUUGUUUCAAAACAAUUCUGUUCUAAAAAGUCAGAUUGCCAUUUUUAUUAAUUAUUCAACUUUUUUCAGCAUCAGUAAUUUUAAAUGAUGAUGAUAAUAAAGUUAGAUCAGAUGGAUCAAGAUUGUUCUUCACAAGGCAGGAAACAGGAAGAGAAACAUUUCCCAUUAUCAAUUAAAACAUAAUUUGUAAACUAUAAAAUUCUAGUUUGUCUCAAUUUCCAAUUUCUUGAUCUAAAUCAGUUUUUGUUGUUUUCAUUUCUUCCUGACAUUGCAUGCUGUGUUUUUAGUAUCACUGAUGUGGACAAAAUGUAGCCCAAACAUUAAGUUUUAACCUCAAUAUAAAGUUUAUUAAGAAAAUAAAAUAAAAGUCAGUGUUAAACUGAUAUGUUUACAAACAGAUCAGGGCAUUUUUCUUUAGGUAAACUAGGAAUUAUUUUGACCAAAAACCAAAAAUGUCACUUUGUUGUUUGUUACAAGUCAGAGUUUAAUGCUUCAAUAUCUUGUUCCUAUAAAUGUGUAAAUUGUUUGUUAGAACAUUUACAUGCAGCAGGGCUGUAUUUUUCCAGCUCAUGAAGAAGAGAUUUUACAAACAUCUUUAUUUUGAUUUUUUUUUUCUUGGUUGCAGCUUAACUUGAGCAGGUUUGGAGGUGUUUGAUUUUCUUUACUUAUUAAGUGAUAAUUAGCAUGUAAUAGAACAUAAUAACUAACUUAAUAUCCGAUGAUGGUAAAUGGAUGCACAAAGUAACUAUGGUACACAUUUGUGUCGUUAAUGAUUGUGGUGGAUGUUUUGCCCAUUUUCUACUCCCAGCAGAGCCUCUGAUAAACACAAUCAGUUUUUACCUCUGGUGUUGAAACACUGCCAAACCGUCCAGAUCAUUUUAUCUGACCAAGAUGGUCUACAAUUAUUUUGCUAAAAAGGCCUAAAAACAUGGAUGAUCAUAAAUGUUGUCAUUUAAAACACCUGGAUCAAACUCUUUAACUAUUUGGCCAGUCGCUGGUUUAAAACUCCAGCUGGAUGACUGUAAACACGUCGGCUCGCUGACAGCUCUGUUUUUGCAGCACUUUGAUCCUUGCGGAUCUCCAAACUCGAGGGACAUACCGAAUGUUAUUUUAAACUAACAUUAAAAAAAUUAAGUUCAUGCAAUUACAAACAGCAACAAUGUAAAAACAGAAGAACAAGGCUGAGAACAAGCAGCCCGAAGCCCCAGCAUUUCUAUCAGCGGCCCUGCCUCACCAACACAACACCUUACCUUCAUAGUUUCAGUGCUCAUUUUAUUACUUGAAUUUAGCGCGAUGGACUCUGUUUACAAACUUCAAUCUACUUUUUGGAGACAUUACUGUUGUCUCACAGUGUUCUGUUCAGUUCAUCUGCCUGGUUUAACCAGUAAAUAACGCUCAGAAACUGUAUAAACAUAAGUCCUGCUGUUGCUUUUUUAUACUGUAUAUGCCUUAAUUCAUAUGGUUGGCAAUCAUGAUUAAAGGAUGUUUAUAUAUA